AUGGAGGACAGUGUGACAGGAUUUGCGCUGAGGGUAUCCUGCGCGACGCCAGUCUUGGGUCCGGCGCUGGGCAUGUCUGGCAUCGGUCUAUCCUCAAUCCUGGCAGGCGAGGCGUCCAGGCGGUUCGGGUCCCAUCUGCGCGGCGAGACGAGGCGGCACCGCUCUGCGCAGGCCGUGGCCCAGGACGCAGCGCUGGACGCCAUCAUGGGCAUCACCCUCUUCAAGUUGAUGGGAGGGCGGUUCCGCAACCUGAUGCCCAGCAGCCUGCUGCGGCCGGGGGCGUGCGCGGUCGAGUCGCUGCCGGCGCCGGGGAGCGAGUACGCGUCGCAGAUGGCCAAGGGCGAACUCAAACGCCUCUUCCACCGGGAUGGGUGCCAUCACUGUGGGCGGCGCAACGGCAGGGUGAUAGGGGAUCACAUACCUCCGAACAAGCUCAUGCACGGGCCGGCAGGCACCCAGAAGGCCAUCCAGCAGAUCACCUCCAGCCUGGGCUUCAGCGAAUCCUCAUCAAAGGCCCCCUUCAGCCGACUCAGUGGGAAGCUGGGGCAGAUUCUGAUGGGGAAGGGGCGGGUGAGGGUGGCGGGGCCGGCACGGCAGAGAUACUACCCGCAGUGUGCGCUGUGCUCGGGCAAGCAGUCCAACGUGGUCAGGAUGGGCAAAGACAUGCUGGUCUUCCACUUCUAUGGCAUGCGCCCCUGGUACUAUGCAGGCACGGCCCCUCCUUAA